AUGUCCCAGCUCAUUGAAUUCAAUUUCAAAACAGGCCAAUAUUCAGUCUCUGGCAUCCCAGUGCAUAUUGAAGACAAACCUCGUUUCCAGCAUCGUGGGCUUUUGAUCGACUCUGGUCGCCAUUUUGAGCCUAUGGUACACGUGAAGGCCAUGAUUGACUCCAUGACUUAUGCCAAGCUAAACGUGCUUCACUGGCACCUCACGGAGGACGAGUCCUUUCCCAUUGCAAGCCGCGUAUUCCCAGAGCUGCCGGAGAAGGGAAAUCACAUCCCGAAGUUUUUUGCUGAAGGUGCCGUGACCAACUUUGGACAUGACAGUGACGAGGAGUCGGCAGCCUUGCAGGACUGGAGCAAAAUGUUCGUGGAUGGCUUUCUGCACCUGGGGAGCGACGAGGUGCCAGCCAAUUGCUGGAACAACAGCAAGGACAUCGCUUGGAUGAGCCUUGGUGGCAGGGUUUUCAACUACUUUGUGAACAAAAUGGUGAACAUUAGCAAGAAGUUGGGCAGGGAGACCAUUCUUUGGGAUGAAGCAUUCCUUUCGGCGAAGCCACCACAGGAGGCCGUGAUUCAGAACUGGCAUGAUGCAUCCCUUCUUCAGAAGAUCGUAGAUGCUGGUUACAGGGCUGUGUUCUCCUCCAAUGGUGGCUACACAAAUGGAUGGUACCUUGAUGGUUUGAAAGCCACAUGGCAGAACAUGUAUGUCUUGGAGCCUUUGAACAACAUCAGUGCGGAGAAAGCUCACUUGGUGCUGGGAGGUGAAGGCUGCAUGUGGGGCGAGCACGUCGAGCCUUGGCAGCCCAGCUCGUUCUCCGACCCCUCCGACUUCGAGUUCACCGUGUGGCCCCGCCUCGCAGCCAUUGCCGAGCGCCUCUGGAGCGAUCGUGAGGUGAAUUCUACCGCGGAGGCUCAGCCGAGGUUGGAAACCUUCAGGUGUCGCCUGUUGUCCCGUGGGGUGCACACUGGGAUCGUGGGUGGGAGCGGCCGCGGCACACCACCGGGUCCUGGAUCAUGCACGCAGCAGGGGACAUCCGAGGCAGGGGAAUAG